AGGUAAUUGGCCACUCGCAGGCCUAUCGAAAAAGCCUUCUCCUGAGCGUGCAUCAAUAGCUAACCCCAACGCGAACGCGCAGCAUUGCUUUUUGACUGGAUGUUUGCUUUUACAGCUCGCCAGCAUGCAUAAGUACUCGCCACUGAGCCGCUCCUUCGCUCGUUCUUUCGGUCAGUCGGUCAGUCAGCCUCAGCUGAAAAAGCGAGACCAUUUCCCUGCAACGUACCUACAUACAUAAAUACAUACAUACCCCUCGCCUGAGUCGUCCGCCCGUACCUACCUAAAGUUCUUCCGCCGCGAUCACGCCUCAUAAAAAUGAAGUCCUUCGUCCUCGUCGUCGUCUUCGCCAUCUUCGCUGUGGUCCUCGGCCAGUUUCCAGAGCCACCAACAUCCACCCCGACCACGAGUGGCAACUCGUCGAACACGACAAAUCCCUUCACGAAACACACCAUUGUCACCAUUGUCCCCGAACUCCCCCCGCAGAAAGCUUCUUCGCCAACCAUCCCGAUCGCUGGCGCGGUGGUCGGUGUGCUCGUUCUCGUCGCCGCCGGAGGCGGCGUGUUUCUAUGGCGGAGACGGCGACAGCAACACCAACAGCAACCUCAGCUGGCGGUAGCUGGUGGCGUUAGCGGCAGCGGCUGCAGCGGCGGCGUCGUGCCCGAGCUAGAGAGUGGAGGAGGAGGAGGAGGAGGAGGAGGAGGAGGUUCUGCUGCAGCGUACACAUCGGAGUUGUACGGCGGCGACGGCGUGCAAGCGGCUGCAAUGUACGGGCUGUCCGAGAAGGAGGAGGAAACUGCAUACGUGCAACCGCCGAUGGAGCUCAUGACGGCGUACGAGCCGGACCGCGUAAACUACCUGCCCGACGACGCAGACAGAGAUAUGUGUGUUUCGCCGAUUCCCGAUGUCGGCGCGCCCAUGUACGUUCCCGGUCCGAACCCCGAGGCAUAUCGGUACCACACGCCAGCGCCAUAUUAAGAGAGUUUCCAUCCGCCGGCGCUAGCAGGUGGGGCGGUCGGUCCGGCGUGGUUGAGGAUGAGGAGAAGGAGCUACAUGAGAGGGCGAUUAUGUUGAGGGAGCAGCAGAGAGGGGUGUAGGAACAGUUAAGGAAUCUGUAGGCAGAUUGAUGGGCUGUGCUAGGCCCCCGGAAGAGGGCCCGGUUGUCGUGUAAUCGACCGUAAGCAAAGCGGAGAGGAAGGGGCGGAAUUGCGAUGUGAUCGAUUCUUUCCAUGAUUUGAAUAGCUACACUUUCGGCUGUGCUGGUAGUGUAGAAUAGCGCGCCUUUAAAAGGCCCUCCUGUAUUUUGUCCAACAGAUAUACAUCUGAUCCUACGGUCAAACAGUA